GGUUGGGGGGGGGACGCGGAGCGAUGGGCCGCGCCGGCCGCCGGGGUGGAUAAGAACCCCCCGUCGCGCCGCGGCGGUGGGCCGGAGGGCGGAGACGGUGCCCGAGCGCCACGGGAAUAUGACGGGGCUGUACGAGCUGGUGUGGCGGGUGCUGCACGCGCUGCUCUGCCUGCACCGCACGCUGGCCUCCUGGCUCCGCGUUCGCUUUGGCACCUUCGGCCGCGCCGCCUCCGCCGCGGUCCUAGCGCCGCUCGGCUUCACGCUCCGCAAGCCCCCGGCCGGCGGCAGGCACCGGCGUCCUCCCCGGCACCCUCGCGGGCCCGCCGGGCCGGCCGCCACCCACCCCCGGCUGCGCUGGCGCGCGGACGGCCGGUCCCUGCACAAGCUGCCGGUGCACAUGGGCCUGGUGGUCACCGAGGAGGAGCAGGAGCCCAGCUUCUCGGACAUCGCGAGCCUCGUGGUGUGGUGCAUGGCGGUGGGGAUCUCCUACAUUAGCGUCUACGACCACCAAGGUGAGGACGGUAGCAUUGGCUGGAGUCUUGGGAACAGUGAACGGAACAGAGCUGCCCAGGACUUUUGCCAGUUAGUGGCUCAGCAGCAGAGGAGACCCACAGAUUUGGAUGUAGAUCUGCUAGACGGCUUACUUAGUUCACAUGGUUUCCCUGAUCCUGACUUAGUGUUGAAGUUUGGUCCUGUGGACAGCACAUUAGGCUUUCUUCCCUGGCAAAUCAGAUUGACUGAGAUCAUCUCUUUGCCUUCUCACCUAAACAUCAGUUAUGAGGACUUUUUCUCCGCCCUUCGUCAGUACGCAGCUUGUGAACAGCGUCUGGGAAAGUAGUGGUUCCUGCUUACAUAACAUGAUUUCAGACUUUUGGAGAAAAGGACCCAAUUGACUCUGAUGUUUACAAAGUACCUAUAAAACCUUGUACACACCUAGUUCAUAUUCCUCCUAAUUUAUCAACAAACACAAAAAAGUGUCUUACUUGAGAGUGAAUGAGUGUGUGUGUGUGCGCGUGCGUGCGUGCGUGCGUGCACGUGUGUGUAAGGAGAUAAAUUUAUAAAUGGGGCACAUUGGAGAAUGGAGUACACAGUUCAAGCACGUAGGGGCCAUGUCUUAGGAACUGAGAUUUCUGAUGUAAAGGCUUCAGCUCCUGCUACUUCUCUGUUUUUGUGGGGAGUACAGGCAGUGAGUAGAGCUGGCUUAGUUGUUUGUGGUAGGAGGGGAUGGUUUUUGUUCAGUCUUUAUAGUGACCAAACUUUAAUCUCUAAGAAUAAUAUAUUGAUCUACUAGUGGAAGUAUUCUCAUUUUGAGGGACAUUCGGAGAGUCUGGAUUGUUGACAUGUUGAAAGUUUGCUCACCUGCAGAGCAAAGGGAACCUCCUCAGUUUUCCGUCCAUUUCAUUUCAUUAUAGUGAGCAGUGUGACCUGAGAGUGUUGCUCUGGUGUCUGAGUUGUAAAGAUCAUUUGAAAAAAAAAAAAAACUUACAAUAUUGAAGUACAGAAUACAAAAAAUUUAAAUACUGAAUUAGGCAGUCAAAAACCAAAAAAGUGAAUAAAUGAUCAUCUUAAAGAUGGAAAAUUUUCUAAGAGGACAGUUUUGAUUUCCUUGUGUGAAGAGUACUGUGUUCUAUAGUACCCAAAGCAUUUAUAAAGAAAUGUUUCCAUUAACUUUUUAUUUCAAAUAAACAUUUGAGAGAAGUUACCAAGGCAGCUCUUUCCCUCAAAAGUAGCCCACCCCUCCCCAGAGUGCUCCUGGGCUUUUCUUUGUCCAGUAAAUCUCAGUGACAACCUUGCAUAUGAUUAAGUAGGAUGGAGGCCUGUAUUACCAAAGUCUGGGGAGCAUAAUUUACUUGAUUCUAUGUUCUCUUGAAUUCUAGAGAACAGCACUGGUUCUGACAGAAUUGAAUUCUCGAUAGAUGUUUAAUGUUUUUCCACUGAUAAUCUCUGGAUGGAAAGCAUUCUUUAUAUUUGAUGGACAGUUUUCAGAAAACUUCAGUCAACAAGUGUGUACGAGUCAUGUACAUCCAGAAUAGAGCAGUUUAAAUGCUAGGCCUCAAAAAUCUGAAAAACGGCAAAGACUGUGGGUUUGGAAAGUAUGGUCUGGGAUUGCCUGUCAGAGUCUGAAGAAUCCGUGUUCCAGCUUUGGAUUACAAACCCCAUUUAUGAUUUUUAAAACAUACUUGAAAUAAAAUGAUUAAAAUGAAUUUUGGUCCGGUGACAUUACUUUGCACUUCAGUUUUUUUGUACAAAAUUUUAAAGUCUUAAUUUAUUGCCAAAAUGUUGUGUGACGCUACAGUGUAUUUAAAGGUUAUUAGAGAAUUCCCCCUUUCUGUUCCCUGUACUGUGAUCUGUGUUCCUCUGGUUUUAUUCCUCCAUCGGGGUUGGAGUAAUUUAAGGCAGUUGAACACCUAUCGUAAAUGUGAUAGAUAUAAAUACAGACCUUCUGGGGUAUGUGCAGCUUUAAUGAAUUAAAUUUAUUGGGCUCAAAUGAAAUAAGGGGAUUCAAAGUUGUUAAAAUGAAAUUUGCUGAAUUACCCUCUGGAAUAGAGCCAAAAUUGCAAAGUGUUGAGUUACUACAUUUUCUUUCUUCCAUAAUAUAACACAACAAAACAAAUCUGUUGUGGCCUUAGGAAAAAUUGCUUAAGCAAAUUAAGGGUUUUGAAUUUAAAUAUAGGCAUUCAGGAAUCUUUUCACUUGAGGUCAACUGCUAGUGCAAUCUCUACAACUUGAAUAGCACUGGUCACUCUGCAGUUCCUGCCAUGGUCAUCAUCACAAGCUGGAUAUCAUCAAAACGCCCUUUGUACGCCCAAGGAACUCAGUGUCUUCGUGUGUACUAAAGGGUGUUCUCUUUCAGUUGUUUCUCCUUGACACGCUCCGCAAUGGCAAGACACCAGGUUGAACCCACUCUACAGAUGGCAUGGAGCAUGUAACCAAGUUGGAGGCAUUAAAUCCACUUGGAAGUCUGAUUGUGGAUUGCUCCUUCAAACUGACUGGUUGAUGUUUGAAAUUUAAAAGCUGAUUAUAAUGUGAAUAGCAAAUUCUGGUAUAUUGUGACUAAGGCUUAAGAAUGCCUGUUUUUGACAAUAGAAAUGUUCCAUUAUUAAUGAACAGUGCCAAACACACUGUGCAUAUCUAUAAUUUACCAUUUGAAUGUAUGUUAAUUAGCUACUCCCUUCUCUGUGAUGGUCCCAUGCUUAGUGUCAGUGAAGUCCUUGUGGUGUGUGUCAUGCCUGUAGAUUUUGGCAACAUGUAAAUAAUAUGUACAGUAAGUUUUUAUGAUUAAGGAAUCAAAUUUAUUGAAUUUUAUUAUUGAAAGUUGAAACAAGAUGUACGAACAAAAAAAUCAAUAAAAGAAUAUACUCUUUUCAUGAA